CCGAUUUCUGAGCCCUCGGUCGUGGCGGCGUCAGCUCCUGAGGCUCCAUCGGGAGCCACCCCCUGGAGGUUGUCGACUCGAAGGCGUUCUUGAGGAGCAUCGCUGCCGGGAUGGACAGGUCAGUCCUCGGCGCUUAUGACGACGCCGCCCUCGAAGACAAGAUUCUUCGGUCUUCCUUAACUGCUUGCAUUGCCCUCAGGGAUCAGUCCCGGAGGUUGGAGGAGUGGCGCCUUCAUAAGGCCGAGCAGGAUGAAAAGAUGAAGCAGCUGAUCCAUCAGAACGCUGAUGCCGUAAGGCAGAUGGCCCAGCUGGAGGAGAGCCUUCGGCAGAAGACGCUGCAAGUAGAGGCAGCUAACCAGGGCAAAGCCGAAGCCGAGAGGUCUGCUGCUGAAGCCCUCAAGAAAACUACCGAGGAGGCCGAGGAGGCCGAGGAGGCCAAGGUGGAGGCCAUCUCCAAGGCGCGGGAGGAUGCCCUCGAUGAGUUUCUGGAGGAGGGUUGGAAGGCCGAUGGUCACAAGUAGUGGUUGUCCUCGGUUGCGGAGGCGUCCGUCGAAGAAUGGUGUGAGGGCCCCGGUGUGGAGUGGCUGGCCCGAAAGGGCAAAGAAUAUUAUGAAGG